CGUGGCUGGCAUGUUUUACUUGACCACACACUCUGAUUCGGCAACAGACAAUUGGAUUAUUCUUCUCAUGCAAAGCACUAUCUUCAAACCAUUGUGACAAUGAAUGAGUUUUCAGUACUGUUCUCAAUAAAAAGACAUUAUUUCUUCUAGUGGAAGACCCAGUCUCAAGCUUGUUAUCACAAGAGAACCUAUGUUCAAGAUAUAAGUUUGUCAGCAAUUACAGAGAGUCCAGACAAGAACAAGUGAAGAUGUAUGGACUAGUGUGUUUCCUUCUGAUAGUGUUUGCUUGGGUUGAAUCAUCAGCUGAUCCGGGCAAUGACGCUAAACGAAUUGCAAGCGUGAUGGCUUACAGGUACAGGGCUGAGAGUAAUGAUUCUGAAGUUAAAUAUAUUGCUUUGCAACACAUUGAAGACAAUAAAUAUUUUCUUCCUCAGGAAAUCCCUAUGUUGUAUUCACAAUACUUAAGUGCAGAUAAGGUCAAUCAGAGUAUUCUUGUAUUGAAAAAACAGAAAGCGAAUUCCUAUGGCGUCACUGAGUAUAUGAUGGUCGACGAAUGGAAAUCUAUUCUCUAUCUGGACUCCACGAGCGCUGAAUCUUACAAUGAUAUAAGAGGGGUUAAUCUGAAAUACUCGGAAAAAUGCGAAAGUUCAAUUCUUGACAACCAAGAUAAGUCCUACCAUUCCAGUAAUUGGAAAAGCUGUACAGACCCUUAUAAGAAAAUGAUGUUUACGCUCAAUUGCUCCCAUGUCACGAUACAGGUUGGAGAAACUGAAAACGCUACAUUUCAUGAGUAUAAAAGAGAUUUAAAGUACGGUUCUAUGUUCCUCCCAAGUAUGUUCCGGAUAAAGAAGUUUGUGUUUAAAUAAAAUUUGAAAAUAUUGGAAAAAAAAA